AUGUCGCAUUUGUCAAUGUUACAAGAAGCACCGUGUAACUCCAGCUCCUCUACGACCCCGCCAAUCCGACAAACCCUGGGAUAUUAUAGCACUCGACUUGAUUGGACCUUAUCCGCGUACCUCCAGAGGGAAGAAUUCCUUUUAGUCGUCACCGAUAUUUUUUCCCGUUGGGUGGAAUGUUUCCCUAUUAGCUCGUCAACCACCGCUAUCAUCGUGCGCCUAUUGGAACAGGAAGUCCUACAUCGUUUCGGUUUUCCUCAGGCAAUUCUUUCCGACAAUGGGUCCCAGUUUGCAAGUCAAGGAUGGAAGGCUGCUUGUAUAAAAUGGAAAGUGCGACAUUGGUCCACUUUCGUGUAUCAUCCGAGAGCAAACCCAACUGAACGUCGCAACCAGGAGAUUAAGACCGGCCUUCGCAUGUAUCUGGAAUCAGGAGAGCAUCGUAAUUGGGACACUCAUUUGUCCAAAAUACUUUUCGACCAACGUGGCCGGCGAAACGCUGCAACUGGCACUACUCCCUAUUACGCCCUCUUUGGACGGCCUCUCCUACGACCGGGCGAAUGGGAAAACGUUACAGAAGAUGGAAAUGUAAUAGAACCACCUACGUUUCGGGAACGAGUCGACGACAUCCGAAGACAUCAGCGGGAAUACCAACAGCAACGAGCCGUGCCUGAAUCUGAAGUACAUCGGUACAGACCCCACCAACUGGUCUACAGCAGAGAGCAUUCUCUAUCAAGUGCCGAGCAAAAUUUCCAUGCUGGAUUUGCCCCACGAUGGUCCGGUCCACAUACAGUUCACAGCUACGUGGGAGGAAAUACAUACUAG